CUUUUACCCACAAGUGAAGGGGUCCCAUGCCUAUUUGUACAUUUUUCUUAAAAAUGAUGUUAAUAUGAAUUAAUAUAAUAAAAUAAAUAAAUAUGAACAACAAUAAAAUACUUUUUCAUUUUUCUAAAUACUUUUAAAUUUUUUGCUUCUGUUUCUCAAAUUAAUAUAUAUAUAUAUGAUUUUAAUUCACACUUAUAAUCAAUUAAAAAUUGUUAAUACGUUAUACUAUUUAUAUUUCAUUAACUAAUAUAAAACUUCAAUUAGUGUAUAGAAAAUACUAAAUAAUAUUGUUAAAUAAUAAUAAUUUUAACUUAAUAUAAAUUAUAAUAAUAUUUAUGUGUUUUAUUUAAUUACUCACAAUUCAAAAGUGUUUUAAAUAUUUUAAAAUUGAAAUGUUACUUAAUCAUAAAGCAUAAAACUAUCAUACUAUUCACCAAUAAUUAUAUUGAUUUUCAAAUUAUUCAAAAGUUGGUAUAUAUUUUUAAUUUAAAACUCAAAAUAGUUACAUAUAUAUGUUUAAAUUAAUUUUCUAUUAUAUUUUGAAUAAACUUAUUAAAAUUAUGAUUAAAAUAACUAAUUUUAAUUAUGUAAAAUAAAUAGUACUAUAAAUUUUUAUAUAAAAUACUGAUUGUAAUACUGAUUAACUAAUCUACAAUCUAAUUAAUACUGAUUAAAGUCAAUUUCUUUUUUUUUUUAAAUACUGAUUGUUCAUUAAUAAAGGCCCAGCACAGCAGAAUCCUAAACUCAAAGUUUUCACAUGGGUCUCAUUAGCUAAUCUAUAGGGUCUGUUUUGACAAAAUGUAAAUUAUCAUAUUUCAAAAUAACUAUAGUAAUAAAAUAUCAAAAUCCAAACCGUAUUACAAAAAAAAAGGCCCAACAGACAUUGGUUCUUUUUAGUUUUGUACAAUUUUCUUAUAGAAAGUUGUGCCAACGUAAUAUUUGUCAACGGCUACAAGCCUACAACUUGGGAGACGCAAAAAGGAAAUAUGACCGUUCUAAUUGAUCUGUUGGCUCCUCUACAGAAGCGCUCUCGUUCCUAUAAAUUUGGUGUAUUACCACAGACAAUUUCUUACAACAGACCAUUCUUAUAACAGACAAUUUUUACAAUAACAAGCAGAUUCUGGUGAUGGAGAAAACCAUCCUUGGAAAUCUGGAAUGGCAAUACGUGUUCCUUGUCCGCUUCAUUACAGCUUCCAUGUCUGACCCAAAGGUGAGUUGAGUUUUGCUUAAAAGUAUCCGUUAUUCUUACAAUAUUGAUUGUAAAGAGACUUGACUUUGAUUUUGUUGUUGUUGUAAGAACGCAAAAGACUUUUAUCUGCCAAAUGUUUUUUUUCGUGUCACUUAACUGAAGAGACUUAUUUUGUUUUUUUUUUCUUAGCUCAGCUUUUACCGAAUGCUCAGAAGGAGAGGAAGCUAAUCAACAGUGGUGAUAACAACUUAUUUUUAUCGGCACCGUUUCAAGUCAAGAUUCCGUUGGCCGCAUCAUCACCGUCACAGCUGCGGUAUAAAAUUCCUUAUUAGUUUCUUUGUAAGUAUGUUGAAAUCUCUAUGGUCAUCUUGUUUAAAAGACUGGCAUUAUGUCUCUGCUACGGAUUGUUAAACUAAUUUUUUUGUCACUUUCUUUUGUUUGGGAAUUUUUGAAGUUGCUUGAUUUAUAAUAGAAAUUUAUGUGUAUUCAUAAUGUGUAAGCAAACAGAAAGUGACGUCCUGUCAUUAAUUUGACCGUUAGAGAUCGUAUUGUUUCAUUUGACUCUCACACAGUAAUGAUCACUAAGUUCCUGCUAAUCAAUCUAGUAAUUAAAAAAAAUUCCUCUCAAUUUUUUUAUGUUUUUUUUAAACUCUUAUGUUAUAUAUACUCAGGUUUUUUUGUUAGGAGUUUUUAAAUAUUGUUCGACUGAUAAUAGAAACUUAUGUGCAUAUUCAUAAUGUGUAAAACAAAUAGAAUGGACGUCCUGUCAUUGAUCUGAUCGUUAGAGAUCGUCAUAUUUUAUUUGAUUCGCACAAAUGUGAUAACUAAGACCAUGAUUAACCUGGUUCUUAGGGUGGACUUCUUAUUUACAGUUUUUUAGUUUUUAACUAAGAAAAGUUAAGAAGCGUAUUUUAAAUAAGAGAUAUAAGAGUCGAUUCUUAGCCGAAAAACGUAAAAACACACACAAAAAAAAGUUAAAUCAUGAGUUAAGAACCCAAAAUUAAAAAUCCGGAUUAAUCAUGCUCUAAGUUUCUCUAAUCAAUCUAGCAAUUAAAAAAAAUUCCUCUCAAAUUUUUAUGUUUUUCUAAAAUUUUCCUGGUUUUCUAAAAUCUUCUGUUAUAUUUUUUUAAAGAGUUUUUGGGUUAUCUGAUUGAUAAUGGAAAUUUCUAAUGUGUGGAAUCAAAUAAGUAGAAUGUAACGUCAUAUUAUUGAUGUGAUUUCCCUCUCAAAUUUCCAAUUUUUCGUUGUAAAAAAAAUAAAAUUCCAUGUGUUUUCUAAAAUCUUAAAACCUGCUUGAGUGUUUGUAUAUUUGUCUGUUUGUUUGUAUGUCUACGUGUUUUCUUGUUUUUGGGUUUGCUUGGUUGCCUCUCUGAUUGUGUGCUUUUGUCAAAGCUUUUUUCAUUAUACUCAAACACAAAUCUCCUUUUAUUGUCUGAUGAUUUGUUUGAACGACUACAAGGGUCAUGGACUCAUAUGAUACUCCAACCUGCGAGAUGCUGUUAAGUUGGAUGAGGCGGUUUAAGUUGUGCGGCAAAUGGUGGAGCUGGUUGUAUUGAUGAUCUGGAAAGUGAUGAUUAAUUCAAGGGUCUCUUAAUUCAAUGUGUUUUAUUAGAAGAAAUAUCAAUAUGAGCUGGAUUUAAUAAUGUUCACAUAAAAAGAGCCAUCACAACAUAAUAAAAUAAAUUGUUCAUGUUCCUUUAUAUUUUAUUGUUUCAUCCUAAAUUUAUUUAUUUGUUUGUACUUCAAAAAAAUUCCGAAAAUCUUGGAAACUAUUAGAGGACUAAAAAAGUUGUUAGAGAGAGAGACCAAAACAAAACUGCAGAUGAUUGAUUUGCAAUGGAUUUUGAUUAUUGAGGAAAGAACAAGAAGAAAUAAAGAUUAAAAAAAGGCAGAAAAACUCAAAAACCAUAUUUCAUCCCUUUUAUUUGGUUAAUGCCAAAUAAAACAAACUCAUAAUUUAUGAAAACUUAAGUUAAAAUAUUAGAAUCUUGGAGAAACUAUUGUUUUUUUUCUUGAAGAUAGGCUUCAUGUGUGGGUUUUUGAGACAAUGCAGAGGGAGAGAAUGAACAAGAAGAAGAGUAGUCAGGUUCAUUGUAUUUCCUCUCAUGAUCAUAUUCUCAUGAUGGCUUCAACUUCAAAACACAUUCCUGAGAUCAGAUUGUACAAAGCCUGGAAGGGUAACAACAGAUUUUUCUGUGGUGGGAGACUAAUCUUUGGUCCUGAUGUUAACUCUCUCUUCCUAACCUCUUUCUUGAUUGGAGCCCCUGCCCUUACAUUCUGCAUAAGGAUGCUCGUGUGGAUUCAAAAAGACGAUCCUAUCUUCAACUACACCGUUCUGACUUCAGCAUUUAUCCUCACCCUCUUGGUGUUUACGUUUCUAUUCUUGACAUCAGCUAGAGAUCCAGGAAUCAUCCCAAGAAAUAAAACAUCAGUAAAUCUUGAAGAUGGCUCAAAUAGUUCCUUGACACAGUCUAUGGAAUGGGUCAACAACAAAACUCCUCAUCUCAAGAUUCCUAGAACAAAAGACGUUUUCGUUAACGGCUACACUAUCAAAGUCAAGUUCUGUGAGACUUGUUUGCUCUACCGUCCACCACGUGCAUCACACUGCUCCAUAUGUAACAACUGUGUCCAACGCUUUGAUCACCAUUGUCCAUGGGUUGGACAAUGCAUUGCCCAUAGAAACUACCCGGUCUUCAUCUGCUUCAUCUCAACGUCAACGUUGUUAUGCAUAUACAUCUUUGCGUUGUCAUGGAUCAAUCUAAUCCGACAGCCUGGGAGAUUGUGGAGUACAAUGUCUCAUGACAUAAUCUCUGUCAUUCUCAUCAUCUAUUCAUUCGUUUCUAUCUGGUUCGUUGGUGGCCUUACCAUUUUCCACGUCUAUCUUAUGUCUACAAAUCAGACAACUUAUGAGAAUUUUCGGUCCCGUUAUGAUAAGAAAGAAAACCCUUACAAGAGAGGGUUGCUGAAGAACGUUAAAGAAGUGUUGUUCGCCAAGAUCCCACCUUCUCAACUAGAUCUCAGAGCAAUGGUCCCAGAAGAAGAUGGCGGAUCUGAGUAUGAGUCAGAGUAUAGCUCUUCCAUCAGAUAUGAUAAUGAAAAGGGAGGCAAACUCCCUAAAAGGGUGAGCCCGGAGAAGCUUAACUUAGAUAAUAUUGACAUUAGCAAUGAAUACAAGACAGCUAAAGAUGAUGCUUCUUCUGAGCUUGAUCCUUCUUUCUUCUCAUCUCAGCAUAGAAAUGACCCUCUUUAAUGUUGUAUCAUAUUUUAUCUAUAUUGUCAGGAA